AGAUUGACGGUAAGUCAGACGUGUAUCUUCGCGUCAGAAGGAAACUGUCACACCAAAUAGCUACAACAUGAUCAGUCCUAUGAGCCGUCGCAUAGUCGAAAAUUGUUACAGCGGGAUUAUCCACUGAUGAAUUCAAACGACGAUGUCAUCCGACUUAACGUUAGACUUCGGAAAUCAUCAACAAUAUCCAGUAAUGGAUAGUGAGGCAGGCAUCAUGUCCAUCGACCAGGGGGAAGAGUGGGACAUUAGCCUGUUCGAUGAGCUGGGCAACCUUGGAGACGCAGAUGAGCUGCUUGAAGCCCUGGAGAAUGCUGGCUAUGCCAGUGAGGGUCCAGAUCUGGACUUUGAUAUUGACAUACCUGCAUGGGAUGCAGUGGACACAAGCAGCAUCUGCACAGAUGGUGAGGUGAGCGUGGACUCUCUGUCACCUGCCCACACUCUGAGCUCGGUCCCUUCUCCCACCUCAGUGGAAGCCCUGUCCCCUUACUCCUUACAAGAUGAGGCCCUGUCACCACAGUCGCAGCCCUCCCCAGUUUCUGUCUGCUCAGAGUCCAGUGGCUUUUCUGAAAUCUCUCCAUCUGAGACAUUUGGUUUGAAACCCAAGACAGCUCCAAAGAGGACCAACCAGACCACACGAGCCAAACCAGCUCAGCCAGUCAAGAGGCCGAUUCCGAUCGGUCCGAAAGUUUCCAUCCAGCCCAGACCAGUGAUUACAGCUGUGCCGUUGGCUCCCGCAGCAGCUCCCCUACAGGCCAAGACAAUCAUCAUCCAGCCCCUGCAGACCACUGUGCUGCCUGUGGUCAAACCAGCUCCUGUCAGCAUCCAACCAGCGCCCCCUCCAGGUCGUCCUAUAGUGCUGUCUCAACCAAACCAGGUGCUACAGAUCCAGACACCACAGACCAUCACCAGCAAUGUGGUCACCAUGCCAACACUCAGCCAGGACAGGCCUGUCCCUGUCGCUGCUCCACCAGUGGUGUCCGUUGCACUUCGAACCCCCUCCUCAGACGAUGAUUCGAAGUUGUCCCAGAGGCAGCAGCGCAUGAUUAAGAACCGCGAGUCAGCAUCCCUGUCUCGGAAAAAGAAGAAAGAGUAUCUGCUCUCGUUGGAGGCUCGCCUGAAAGUGGCGUUGUCUGAGAAUGAGGCGCUCAAGUGUGAGAAUGGCAACCUCAAGAGACAGCUGGAGGGCCUGCUGAGUGAGAACACAGUACUAAAGACGACAGCGCCCAAGAGGAGAGCCGUGUGUCUCAUGGUGGUUUUGGUGUUCCUCGUGCUAAAUGUUGGACCAACGAGUUUGUUUCAGGGUGGCCCGGGCUCCAAGCUCGAUGUUGUUUCCAUGCAGCACAGCGGCAGACACCUGCUGGGUUUCUCCCCGGAGGCAGAAACUGAGGUUGUGAUGGGCCCAGAAACCCUCGGCGGCGGCCCCUCCGAGAUGGCCGACAGCUCUGAAGACAAGGCCCUGAUGGUGGUGAAGGAUCCCAUCUUCCUCCGUCCUCCACCCCCCUGCCAGCCUCCUAUUAACAGGACCAAGUGCAUAGAGUUGGCCCAUGAGCUGAGGGGUUGGGUCCAUCGUCAUGAAGUGCAGCAGACCAAAUCCAGGCGCAUGAGUAACAGCCAUCACAAACCCACCAGGACCAUUCUGAAAACAGAGAAUAAGGAGGCUGCCCAGAUUUUGACUGUCCAAUACACAGAAACCACUGAGAAAAAAAAUCCUGGCAGCGAGCUGCAGGUGUACUACGCUCCUCAUCAUACAUACAGUGACUUCUUUGAUGAGAUCAACCGUCGUGGCGACACUUUCUACGUGGUAUCUUUCCGCAGGGAUCAUCUUCUACUUCCUGCCACCAACCACAAUAAAGGAAGUCGACCCAAGAUGUCUGUGUUGUUGCCAGCCAUGAACAUAAAUGACAGCAUCAUCAGGGACAAAGAGUUUGAGGUGAUGAUGCAGAUCGACUGCGAAGUAACAGACACCAGGAUCCUCCACAUCAGGUCUUCCACCAUCCCACCUUUGCUCCGGGUCAAUCACACAGACACGUUUUACCAGCACUCCCCGACCGACAACCAGGCCGUGCCUCCUGUCGGCGUGCUAAUGGGGUCUGCCUAAGAUCACCAUCGGCAACCUCCUCCACAGUGAAACUCAUCGAGAUGAACACAAGACAAGACCUCAGUUCAGACUUUUUUUUUUUCGAUUGAAGAAGUGUAUUUUCAAGCUUUUGUGCUCCCACUGACUUUAUUUUUGUGACUUAGAUGUGAAUGCAGAAAUCCUUAACCAUUAGAAUUCAAGGGUAGCUCAAAUGUUUGUCCGCUCAAGUCAAGCACAUUCUUUAUGAGGACUGAUAUCCGGAGGUAGUCUGGAACAGGGUCCGAGCAGACGCUAGCUAGUGUGGCAACGCUGACUUCUCCCUGUGACCCCAGACGCCCUACGUAAGGGUAAUUGCUUAGCGGCAGGGGGCAGAGCAUUGAACCCUGAGUCACCCCGUCAUAACACAAAUACUUUUACCCCCUUAGCAGCUCUCCUGAAGUCUGCUCUUUUUUUUCUUAAUUUCAAGACAGAGCUUAGAAUGUAAAUUGAUUUAAACCUAGGAUUUAGCUUCUUCAAACCUUAAUUAAAGACAGAAAAAUGCAUUUGUGAUAUCAAUGUUUAGAAGCACAACAAAAUCUGUGUAUUUGUAUCUCAGCUAGAAAAGUCCUGUAAUCAUCUCUCUUACUCAGUUUUAGUCCUUUUUGACUCUCUAAUUUUAUUAGUGAAGUAGUAAGAGAUGCCAGACUAAUUACUUGCGGCACCAGAGGCAUUCAGUAAACUCAGGAAGUCAGGAGAUCUGUGUAAGCUAACAGGCUAACCACUAUGUCGUUGGUUGGUUUCCAUCAGGUGCUCUGUUUCCAGCAUUGAAUCAAUGGGGAAUUUCAGUUCUUAAUUUUGGGGUCUUUACACUGUGCUUCACUUAUAUUAAUGAACAGAUUCAGAUACUGUACAUAUUUAUUUCUAUUAUUAUGUAACAGUUAUAGCAACUUCUGUGGUCUGAUGCAAUUUGCUCAUUUCUUCUGUUCUUCUGUUCAUUUCUCUCUCUUCUGUCAGGAUUUAUUGAUUGUUAUUUUCUUUAUCCUCCUGAUCAAACUUUGUGGGAACUUUUUAUUUAUAAUUGUUCACUGAAAAGUAAGACUAUAAAAUAUGAAAUGGUAGAGAGGAAACAUACAGUGUAGUUGUAGAUACUGGCAGAGUUACUGUGGGUGAACGUGCACAAGAUUUUAUCUUAGAAAAAUGUAUUGACGUUAAAAUUUUAUUAUCUCCACUAAAAGAAAUACAUGUGAAAAAAACAUUUUAGUCCUGACUUGUCCGUCCACGGGUUAAAUUGCACUUUUAUUCGGUGCACUUCAGCCUAUAUUGGAAUUCCAACCUACUGGAAAUUAUUCUGUGUGGAGUUCUGAUAGAUUUUAGUACUAAUUUGUUGUUAACAUUUGCACUAUAAAUGCAGGACCUGAGAACUUCAGUUCUGGCUUUAAAUGCCUUAAUUUGACUAGCUGUAAUUUGGGGUAAAAUUUAUAUUAAAUAAGAAAUUAUACAUCAUCAUAAGUUGUUACCCUUCUCUGCCAGUUUCUGUACAUGCUGAUAAAACAACAUAUUGCAUUUUUGUGACUGAAAGUGCAUUUCUCUUAGCUACAUGAUUGUACAUAUGGUUAUGUUUUAGCUCAACAGAUGUCCAUAAAAAUGUUCAGAAAAAAAGGAAAAAAAAAAAAAAAAAAACAUGCCUUUGUGCUGUUUUAAGCCAGGGCUUCUGGUUUCAAAAAUAUAUUUGAUUUGCCACAUUGUUUUCACUGCAUCCCAACAGUACUUUGGGACAAAACAAGAGUACAAUUAAAAACUUGUGAGGUUUUGUUUUUUUCUUUUCUAUUAUGUGCAGAAACCAAAAUAAACACUGGAUUUUCUCUAACUAUA